CUCGAAAACUCUGCCCCACGCUAAGAUAAGUGAGAUAAUCAGAUUGUGAAAACCAAAAAAAUUAUCAGUUGCGAUUAACAAAGUGAGGACGGGAACAGCUUCAAUCAACAAAGUUCAUCGUCAUCACAAUGGCCCCUUCUAAAUCAGUCACUUUGCGGAGUGAGACUGCGGUCUCGCUCGUAGAUCCCGAUCAGAGCCUCAAAGCUUCUAAGGCGCUGCUUGCGCAUAUGAAAAAAGCUUCGAAGGAGAAGGCCGCCAAUGCAGAGAAGAAAGACCUCCUAGCAGAUCCCGACGAUGAGGAUGGCUCGAAAGAAACACCUAUCUGGCUUACUCUCACCACGAAACGCCACAUCUCCGACUCCCGAAGCCUCAAGCCUGGCAAGAUCGUCCUCCCUCACUCUCUGAACACCGACCCCGAGAUAGGCAUAUGCCUCAUCACCGCCGAGCCCCAGCGCCACUACAAGAACCUUGUCGCGGCCGACGACUUCCCGGCGGACCUGCGCAAGCGGGUGACGCGCGUGAUCGACGUGGCCAAGCUGAAGGCGAAGUACAAGGCGUUCGAGGCCCAGCGCAAGCUCUUCGCCGAGCACGACGUGUUCCUGGGCGACACGCGGAUAAUAAACCGGCUCCCCUCCAUCCUCGGCAAGACGUUCUACAAGACGACGGCGAAGCGGCCGAUCCCCGUCGAGAUACAGGCGCGCGUGCCGAAAACGGACGGCAAGAGGGCGAAGCGCACCAAGGAUGCCGACACGCCGAAUGCGUGCACGCCGGCCCAAUUAGCUGGCGAGAUCGAGCGCGCCGUCGGUGCGGCGCUCGUCAACCUGUCGCCUACGGUCAACACCGCGAUCCGCGUUGGAAAUGCUAGCUGGACCGCCGAGCAGAUCGCGGAGAACGUCGACGUGGUGGCGAAGGCCCUGGUCGAGAAGUUCGUGCCCGGGAAGUGGAAGAACGUGAAGAGCAUCUACGUCAAGGGGCCGGAGACGGCCGCCUUGCCGAUCUGGCUGACGGACGAGCUGUGGUUGGAGCAGAAGGACGUCGUGGCCGACGGGUCGGAGGAGGCCAAGGCUAUCGCCGGAGAGAAGGCGAAUAUCGGAAAGAAGCGAAAGUCGCUUGAGGGACAGCCCGAAGAAGCCGAGCCCGUGACGAAAAAGGCUAAGAAGACGAAAACUCCCAAGGCUGAAAAGUUACCCGAGAGCGACGAUACGAAGCUGGACAAGGAGAUUGCGGACAGGAAAGCGGCGCUGAAGAAGCAGAAGAAGGCCGCGAAGAAGGCUCUGGAGGUUUAGGGAUUCUUCUUAGGUCAUCCAUCAUAUUUGUGUAUAGAUGUGACAAGGGGAGUUUGGGGUCUACUAGCAUAGGCUUUCACGAACAAAUCAACGGCGUACGGCGGGAACAGGCAUAAAAGCUUCUUAAUCAAGAGAUUUAUUCCAUGGCAAAACGUUACAUUAAUCCAUCAAUC